GGAGAACACCAGACUCACUCUGCCCAACAGAGGGGAGAUCCAGACUCAGAAGGACAUUCAUCUUCCCCUUGGGCUCUGGAGAAGAAGACCUGAACUCCCAGCUGUCAGGAGAGAGUGGCAGGAGGAUUAAUUGAUCCAUGUGGACUUUGGGGAGAUGAAUGCCGUUCGCCCCGUGCUGAUUGGCUGGCUGGCUGUGGCUGUGUGCGUAGGGGUUGGGGAGGUCCGAGGUCAGCAGCUAAAGCAGGCCCAGGUGCCCCUGCUUCCGCACAAGCCCUUCAUUGUGGUGUGGAAUGCCCCCACUGAAUCCUGCCGUCUGCGCUUCAAGGUGGACCUGGACCUCAGCGUCUUCGACAUUGUGGCCAACCUCAACGAAACGCUGAGCGGGCCCAACGUCACCAUCUUUUACCACACCCACCUGGGCUACUAUCCUUACUACACCCCCACCCUGACACCCAUUCAUGGGGGCCUGCCACAGAACCAGAGCCUCACCAAGCACCUGAACAAGGCCCGGUUAGACAUCGACAAACUCAUCCCCUUCAAGGACUUCAAGGGCCUGGGCGUGAUUGACUGGGAGAACUGGCGGCCGCAGUGGGUGCGCAACUGGGGCUCCAAGGACGUCUACCGGAACAAGUCCAAAGAGCUGAUGAGGAAGGUCCACCCCACCUGGCCCGAUAGCAAGGUGGAGAAGGAGGCCAAGGAGCUGUUUGAGAGGGCUGGCCAGGCCUUCAUGAACUCCACCCUGCUGCUGGCGGAGAGCCGGAGACCUCACGGCCUCUGGGGCUUCUACCUGUUCCCCGACUGCUACAACUACGGCUACAAGCAGCACCCACACAAGUACACGGGCGAGUGUCCCAACGUGGAGCACGUGCGCAAUGACCACCUCAUGUGGCUGUGGAAGGAGAGCACAGCCCUCUACCCCUCGAUCUACCUGGAUUACGAGCUGAAAUCCACCCAUAACACCAUCAAGUUCGUCCACUACCGCGUGAAGGAGGCCAUGAGGAUUGCGUCCAUCGCCCGCAGUGACUUCACGCUGCCUGUCUUUGUCUACUCCAGACCUUUCUAUGCCUAUACCUUCCACGUCCUCUCAGAGAGAGAUCUAGUUCACACCAUUGGUGAGAGUGCAGCACUGGGGGCAGCGGGGGUGGUGUUGUGGGGGUCUUCGGAAUACGCCAAGUCUCAGAGGAACUGUCUGGCUGUGAAGAAGUACAUUGACGGACCCCUGGGGCAUUAUGUCAUCAACGUGACAUCAGCAGCCAAGCUGUGCAGCAAGGCACUCUGCAAGAAGAACGGGAAGUGCGUGCGGAAGAGUCUGGAAUCCGGGGCCUUCCUGCACCUCAACCCGCGCUUCUUCCGCAUCCGUAGCAACCAGGGCCCCGCGGGGCCCCGCUUCCACGUCAGCGGGCACCUCAACAACGACGACGCCCUGGACAUGAAGCACAAGUUCACCUGCCAGUGCUACCAGGGCUGGACCGGCAUCUUCUGCGAGAUGCCAGAGGCCCCGCCAUCGCCCCCGCGGGCCCAGGACAGCCUCCUGACCGACAUCCUGGUCAUCCUGUCCAUCCACUUCUCCUGCCUGUCUGUCAUCACCUUCCUUGGCCUCUGCCUCAUCAUCAAAUGCCUGAUACUGUAG